CCGACGGCGGCCGCCAGCGAAGCGUCCGUCCAGGAGCUCGCGCCUGCGCCCGUGCCGGCGCCCAGAGACUGCUGCAGCCAGCCCGUGGCGGAGUGCUUCGCCUGCCAGGCCAACGUCCCGGUGGAGCUGGUCUGUUCGCGGGCCGGGUGGGCCCACACGGCUGGCUGCCCCGGCGGCGGGGAGGCCGCCGAGCGCCCGCCCGGCGCGCCCAAAGUCCAACCGGCGCGGGCGCUCGACCCGCCCAGCGCUCCGGGGUGCUGCGGCGUGGUGGCGGCCGAGUGCCUGGCGUGCCAGGCCAACCAGAGCGUGGACGACUACUGCAACCGCACCUCGUGCCCAGAGGAGGCCUGCGACGAGGCGCCGCUGCUCGCGGCCGCCUGCCUCAGCGACGGCGCGGCCCUGCUCGGGGCCCCGCUGGUGGGCACUGCCGGGCCUUCGGCCGCGGCCAGUGCGGGUGCCUGCCAGCAGCGUUGCGCAGACGCCCUCGGCUGCACUCACUUCUCGUUCUUCAAGGGGAACGGCAGCUGCCGCCUCCUGGGGGGCGACGCGGCCUGGGCCCGCGCGGAAGCCAUCUCUGGACCGCCGCGCUGCGUCGCCGCGGUGCAGGUUCGCAUGGGCGGCGUGCGCGCCUCCAAGCUCACGGCGGAUCAGCUGGGCGGCCUGGAGCAGAGGCUCGUCACCGAACUGUCCGCGCUCGUGGCCCUGCCGGACGGUGCCGUCGAGGACGUGGCCGGCAACCAGCACUCCACCACAUUGGGCCCAGGCUGCGGCGGCGAUGGCGCGGUGGCACGGGCGUUCGUGCAGCUGCCGGCGGGCUAUACCCUGGCGGACGUCAGCGCAAGAGUCGCCGAGGUCGGAAGCGGCUCCCUCAAAGCCAGGGUGCUGCAGGCCCUGCAGGCCGCCAGCGCAGAGGCCGCUUUGGACGCGAACACCACGCUCGAGGACGUCGCUGUCAGCUGCAUGGUCGGCGCGUCGCCUGCGAGGCAGUGCAUGUUGCCCGGUGUGAAGUACACCCCGUAUACCGACUCUUUCAGCACGGAGUGGGAGACCAUGGACCUGUGCACGCAGCGGUGCGCACGCACCCCUGGCUGCAGCGGCUCCACGUUCUGGGCGGCGCAGCGCCGCUGCGAGUUCCACGAGGCGUCGGCCAAGCCCCUGGCGGACCCGGAUGCUCUGACGGCGCCCGCCGACUGCCGAGCCGCCCCGCCGCUGCCAGAGCCAGCGGCGGGCGCCACGGCCGCGGGGCCCUCGGGCACCCCGGGCGGCAGCGGCGUGGUGCUCGCCACGGACAUCCCUCGAAGGACGGUGCUCUGA